CUUGUUAAAAGACCCCAUAACGUGGAAGAGGCAGAAAAGCAGCAGCAGCAGCAGGAAAGAAAAAGACGUCUGGAAAAUAUUACCCUUUUGCUGCUGCUGCUGCUGAGAAACCUCAUUGAAACAGUUACUCGGGCAAGGUAUCACCAAAGAGACUUUAUCUGAUGCUGAUCUCUCAAACUUUCAGACGCUGCCUUGCAACUUCUCCAGGCUCCUGGCUAGCCGGGUUUGAAAUAAGAUCUUCAGCUUCGACCACGAGAAACUAACUCUUAAUUUAUUAUUUCUAAUUUUUUUUAAUUAUUAUUAUUAUUAUUAUUACUAUUAUUUGGGGAAAAAAUCCCACAACUUUGAGCUAGAAACUGAAGCAGAGAAAGACAAAUACACGAUAAUUGUGAAAACACGUGGGAGAAAAUGAGUAGGACUGAAUAGCCUUACACGAUUUUUUUUAUUAUUUUCAUUUUUAAUUAUUUUUUUAUUUCUGAGCGUCUUAUUAAGUCCCUGAAAAGUGCGAUUUGUUCUUUUACCUCAAACUUGGAAACUAUUCAGCGGGAGCAACGGUACGUGAGACCACACAGUUGGCUGGAGCCCCUCUAUGACCAAAGGACAGAAGGACAAACAAGAUGUAUUGUGAGAGGUUUAUAUGUAUCCUGAGAAUACUUGGAACCACACUCUUCGGGGUGUCCCUCCUGCUGGGAAUCACCGCUGCUUACAUUGUGGGCUACCAGUUCAUCCAAACAGACAACUACUACUUCUCCUUUGGACUCUAUGGUGCUAUCCUGGCAUCACAUCUCAUCAUCCAAAGCCUGUUUGCCUACCUAGAGCACAGGAAAAUGAAACGGUCGCUAGAGACUCCAAUCAAACUGAACAAAACAGUUGCCCUUUGUAUUGCUGCCUAUCAAGAAGAUCCUGACUACUUAAGAAAAUGUUUACUUUCUGUAAAAAGAUUGACCUACCCUGGAAUUAAAGUUGUUAUGGUCAUUGAUGGGAACUCAGAAGACGACGUUUACAUGAUGGACAUUUUCACUGAAAUCAUGGGUAGGGACAGUUGUGCCACUUAUAUCUGGAGUAAUAACUUCCACGACAAAGGUCCGGGUGAGACAGAGGAGUCUCACAGAGAGAGCAUGCAACAUGUAUCUCAGCUGGUCCUGUCCAACAAAAGUGUUUGCAUCAUGCAGAAAUGGGGUGGAAAAAGAGAAGUAAUGUACACAGCAUUCAAAGCACUGGGGAGAAGUGUGGAUUAUGUACAGGUCUGUGAUUCAGAUACAAUGCUUGAUCCAGCCUCAUCAGUGGAGAUGGUAAAAGUUUUAGAAGAAGAUCCAAUGGUCGGAGGAGUUGGAGGUGAUGUGCAGAUUUUGAACAAAUAUGAUUCCUGGAUCUCCUUUCUGAGCAGCGUGAGAUACUGGAUGGCAUUUAACAUCGAAAGAGCCUGUCAAUCCUACUUUGGCUGUGUGCAGUGCAUCAGUGGACCUCUGGGAAUGUACAGAAACUCUUUACUCCAUGAAUUUGUGGAAGAUUGGUACAAUCAAGAGUUUAUGGGCUCCCAGUGCAGCUUUGGAGAUGACAGGCAUCUAACUAACAGAGUGCUAAGUCUGGGCUAUGCAACAAAAUACACAGCUAGAUCCAAGUGCCUUACGGAAACACCGAUAGAGUAUCUCAGGUGGCUGAAUCAGCAGACCCGCUGGAGUAAAUCCUACUUUAGAGAGUGGCUUUAUAAUGCCAUGUGGUUCCACAAGCACCAUUUGUGGAUGACCUAUGAAGCUGUAAUCACUGGAUUCUUUCCUUUCUUCCUUAUUGCCACAGUCAUUCAGCUCUUCUACAGGGGAAAAAUCUGGAACAUUCUCCUCUUCCUGUUGACAGUUCAGUUAGUUGGCCUGAUAAAGUCUUCCUUUGCCAGCUUCCUUAGGGGCAACAUUGUCAUGGUUUUCAUGUCACUCUACUCAGUGUUGUACAUGUCAAGUUUACUGCCAGCAAAGAUGUUUGCAAUUGCCACGAUAAACAAAGCAGGGUGGGGCACGUCAGGAAGGAAAACCAUUGUAGUUAAUUUUAUAGGACUCAUUCCAGUCUCCAUUUGGUUUACAAUCCUCCUAGGUGGCGUAAUUUUCACUAUUUACAAGGAAUCAAAAAAGCCAUUUUCUGAGUCAAAACAGACAGUUCUCAUCAUUGGCACAAUACUCUAUGCAUGUUACUGGGUUUUGCUUUUGACUUUGUACAUGGUUCUUAUCAACAAAUGUGGCAGGCGGAAGAAAGAGCAACAACACUACGACAUGGUGCUAGACGUAUGA